GCGAUCCCGGGAGCGUGCACGUGACGGAGCCCGCAAGCUGGCAGACGUAGUGGCAGCGCCUUUUCGUUCACAAGUUGUGGCGACGCACGUCGCCCAGACACUGAGACAGGAUCCAUGUGGAAGCUCCUGUCUGACGCGGGCCCAACUCGAGAAUCUUACCGACUUCUGACGGGUGUGGAGUACGUGGUUGGAAGGAAAAACUGUGACAUCCUCAUUGAAAACGAUCAGUCCAUCAGUCGCAGUCAUGCCAUCUUAACCGCCCGCUUUUCUGCCACCUGCCAGAGUCAAACACCUCAAAUCGCUAUAUUGACAAUAAAAGAUAAGUCUAAGUAUGGUACUUUUGUUAAUGAGGAAAAAAUGCAGAGUGGCCUUUCCCAAACAUUGCUGACAGGGGAUAGAGUUACUUUUGGAGUAUUUGAAAGUAAAUUCAGAGUGGAGUAUGAGCCUUUGGUUGCAUGUUCUUCUUGUUUAGAUGUCUCUGGGAAAACUGCUUUAAAUCAAGCCAUAUUACAGCUCGGAGGACUUACUGUAAACAGUUGGACAGAAGAAUGCACUCAUCUUGUCAUGGUAGCAGUUAAAGUUACCAUUAAAACAAUAUGUGCACUCAUCUGUGGAUGUCCGAUUGUAAAGCCAGAAUAUUUUACUGAAUUUCUUAAAGCAGUUCAGUCCAAGAAACAGCUUCCACAAAUUGAAAGUUUUUACCCACCUGUUGAUGAGCCAGCCAUUGGAAGUAAAAAUAUUGAUCUGUCAGAACGGCAGGAAAGAAAACAAAUCUUCAAAGGGAAAACAUUUAUAUUUCUAAAUGCCAAGCAGCAUAAAAAAUUAAGUUCAGCAGUUGUUUUUGGAGGAGGAGAUGCUAAGUUGAUUACAGAAGAAAAUGAAGAAGAAUGUUUCUUUUUGGCUCCUGGAACUUGUGUUGUUGAUGUAGGAAUAACAAAUUCACAGACCUUAAUUUCUGACUCUCAGAAAAAAUGGAUUCAUUCAAUUAUAGAUAUGCUCCAAAGCCAAGGUCUUAGACCUAUUCCUGAAGCAGAAAUUGGAUUCGCAGUUAUUUUCAUGACUACAGAGAAUUACUGUAAUCCUCGGGGCCAGCCCAAUACAGGAUCCAGGAUGACUCCAGGGCCAGACCUUUUCCAAGGCUUGUCAGUCAAAGAGAAGUUCAUGCCAACUGCCCCAGUGAACACUAUGACAUAUGUAGCCAACACAGAGUCGGAACAAGGAGCUACAUGUAUGGAUUUGAGUGAAAGACCAAAAGAAAUCAAAAUCUCCAGAAUGGAACAAAAAUUCAGAAUGCCUUCACAAGGAACAUCCACUGUAAAGGAAUCCCCCAAAAUAAGCCCUGAUCAUAAUACUAUAGUGUCAGAUACUCUAGUGAGGAUGAAAAUUCCAAACUAUCAGCUUUCACCAGUAAAGAUCCCAGGUGUAAAUAGAAGUAGAGAUCGAGCUUCCUGGCAGCUGCAGACCAACUCCAUCCAAAACUACUUCCAGCCAUUCACCAAAAAAAGGGAAAGGGAUGAAGAAAAUAAAGAAAUGCCAUCUAAAUCAGCAAAAAUGGAAAUGUCUUGUACUCUUCUAGAACAAACACAACCUGCUACGUGGAGAAAUGAGGAGCAGCAUCUAUAUCAGAAUGAGCCAGUGGGGGAAAAAACAGAUAACUUAUUUACAGAUGUGGAUUCAAAAUCCACUGUGAAAAAUUCUGCCAAUAAAUCUCUUUCUACAGAAAAACGAGGAUCAGAAAAAAGGAAAAUUGAUGAUGUAGCCGUAGAAAAUGAAGUAUUUGAAGAGGUAUUUAAGAACACAAAAUUAGAGUUAGAAAUUGAAGUGAAAACUCAAAAACAAAAGGAAGAUGUCAAAAUUAGAAAAAUGCCAAGAUUGGACAUAGAAACAAAUGGCCCUUUUAAGGAUGAAACAAUACCAGAAAGUAACAAAAUAUCUCCAAAAAAGGAAAUUGGGAAGAAACACGAGAUUGAGAAAGAAUUACUGUGGUCAACUAAAGAAGACUCAUUGAACAAUGACAGGCUUCAGUAUGAGGAUGAGAUGCCUCGAGAGAAGAUGUUACUGACUGAAUUUAGAUCACUGGUGGUUAGUAACUCUGCCUCCAGAAAUGUACCCAGUGUAAAUGAUGAUUGUGGUCAACUAAAGAAUUUCAAAAAAUUCAGAAAGGUCACAUUUCCUGGAGCAGGAAAAUUUCCACAAAUCAUUGGAGGAUCAGAUCUAAUAGCUCAUCAUGCCCGAAAGAAUACAGAAUUAGAAGAGUGGUUAAGACAGGAAAUGGAGGGAGUAUCACCAGAUUGUGGAGGCAGCAGGAAGAAAAGCUUCUUCAGAUGCCAAGACAGAAGAAGGCAAUUCGAGGGAAACCUCCAAAGUGGCUGCAGGUGGAGCAGGAGGCAAAGACCUGGAUUCUAGAGCAGCAUCAAACCGGGAUCUCUGUUUCAACCAAGGUGAUACAAGAAGAAGGUAAAAGGAUUGCCCAAGAAAAAAACAUUGGUGAUUCCUCAUGGACACCUAAAUGGUGCUUUUACUUUAUGAAGGCAAAGUUUGAGCACAAGGACAUGAACAAACUUGCCCCAAAACUUCUAGCAACCUAUGAGAAUCAAAUUUUUGCUAUUUCAUUCUUAAAUGUUAUCAAUCUUCAAAAGACUUACAAGUUUGAGCUGUCCUAGAUUGCCAAUAUGGAUGAGGUCCCACUCACAUUUGAUGUGCCAUCUAACAGAACUAUGGACAUCAAAGGAGCAAAGACCGUGGCUGUUAAAACUAGUGGUGAUAAGAAAACACAUUUCACUGUUGUUCUAGUCUUUUUUGCAGAUGGAACAAAGCUACCACCUAUGAUCAUCUUUAAAAGGAAAAUGUUUCCAGAACAAAAGAUUCCAAGUAGAGGUAUUGUCCACGUGCAUGAAAAAGGAUGAAUGAAUGAAGAAGGCAUGGAAAUUUGAUUUAACAAAAUCUGGUCAUGAAGGUCUGGAGGAUUACUUUAAAAACCAGUUUGCUUGUUUUUUAUCUGUUUAAAGUUCUUGUUACACAAAGUGCAAAAACAAUCACGGUGGACCUGAAAACCCAACUUGCUGUGAUACCUGGUAGGCUAACCAGCUAACUGCAACCUCUUGAUGUGUCAGUAAACAAGCCCUUUAAGGCCCUAAUGACAAAAGAGUGGGCAUCAUGGAUGCAGUCAGCUGGUAAUGAUUAAACACCUACAGGCAGGAUCAAGAAAGCAUCCAUCACUCAGGUUUGUGAUUGGAUCCUAAGAUUGUGAAACAGUGUCACUCAGGUUUGUGAUUGGAUCCUAAAAUUGUGGAACAGUGUCAAGAAGGAAGUGGUUGUGAAAUGAUUUUAAAAAUGCAUCCUCAGCAAUGCUGUAGAUGGGACUGAGAAUGAUGAAAUUUAAAAGGAUGAGGGAAAUGACUCUUCAGAAGACACCACCACUGGUAAUGUAGAAAUUGAAGAUGAUAUUUCUGAUAUUGACAAUGACAAAGAGUUCCUGGCCUUCUAAGGUGCAUAAAUAUUGUGAUUUCAUUA